AUGUUACCAUCACUACCAAUAAUAUUGCUAAGAUUGGUCGUUGAUCGAUUAGAUCAUAUGAUUGAUAUUAUAUCAUUGGUAUUGACUUGUAAACGAUUGUAUAAUGAUAUGAAGAGAUAUGUUAGAUUGGACCCAAAGUAUGUUGGUGUAAGGACACUCUUACCACUACUACGUAAUAAUAUUGUAAUGCCAGCUACAACAAUGUCAUGUACAAUACUUAGUUCAGUGUUGACGUUUGGAGUGAAUGACCAUGGCAACAACUAUCUCUCCAUCCCACAGCACAAGCCAAACGCGCAGCCAUCAUCGACCAACAAGUUGUCUUUGGGCUACAACAUCUACAACGUGGAGUCAGUCCUUGCGACCUCUGAUCCACUGCCUCCUACGCUCACAUACCUGAUCUACAGCGAUAACUUUAACCAGCCACUCACGUGCCUGCCCGCAUUGAUCGAGCUGACCUUUGGAUACAAAUUCAAUCAACAUAUCACGCUGUGGUCGCUGCCUGCCACUCUCAAACGAUUGACCUUUGGAUACAACUUCAACAAACCAUUGGCUCCACAUGUGUUGCCGGCCGGACUGGUUGGACUCACGUUUGGGUAUCACUUUGAUCAGCCUAUCACAGAAGAAGUUUUGCCUCCAGCGCUGAGGUACCUCACAUUUGGAUGGUGCUUCAACAAGGUGCUCGUGCCAGGUGUGCUGCCUGCCUCACUUCGUCGUCUGAUAUUCAUCUACUACUUCAACCACUUGAUCAAGCCUGGCACGCUCCCCGACUCGCUUCAAGAGCUCAAGUUUGGCUACGAGUACAAUCAAGAGCUUGACCCUGGCAUACUGCCACUGACACUUCAAAGCCUGUCGUUUGGCUACUUCUUUGAUCAAGAAAUCCAGCAGCACUCACUACCGACCUCUCUCACUGAACUAAACUUUGGCUACUCAUUCAACAUGCCCAUUGCACCUGGAUCACUACCUGCGUCACUCAGACGCCUCACAUUCGACCUGUUCUUCAAUCAACAGGUGGAGCCGGGUGCGUUGCCUGCCGGCGUCACAGACCUCUCGUUCGGCUUUCACUUCAAUCAGGAGAUUGGCGAUGGACGACUACCGCCUGCAUUGACCAAGCUCAAGCUAGGUUGGUGCUUUGACAAACAGAUACUCCCAGGCACGCUACCAUCAUCGAUCACGAACCUGACAAUCGGUCGGUGCUUCCAGGAGGAGGUCCCACCAGACUUGCUACCAGCGUCAUUGACCGAGUUGACAAUGAACAGUCUGUUCUGUGACAGGGACCUCGAGGAGAUAUUCCCAACACUGCCGCCAAACAUGUACAAACUCAAUCUAAUCAGCAUGGUGGCCGAGGUCGACAUCAACACGCACACAAUCAAGGACCUACCAUAUCAUUCCUCCAUACAGGAUUAUUGUAUAAUCGAUGAGAACAAGCAGAGUAGCAUAUACAUACGUAUCAUGGACAGGAGUAAACAUGUCACACUAGUGUUGGCUGACAACAUGGAAGGAUACCUAUGCAACACAAGGACCGUCUUCAAAGUUCCAUCCAAGUGGACUGCAUUCUCCAAGUUCAUCUCCAAUGGUCUAAAGUCAAUAAGGCAUCAUCCAAGUGUCAAGUCA